UGGAGACGGUUCGUUGCUGAGAGCCUCAUUUUGUUCCGGAUUUGUUUUUUCGAGAGACUUUGAAUAUCACACGACAUCUCUCCUUCUGCAUUUCACCAGCCAGCAGUUACAGGUUUUGUGGGAGGACAAGUGGAGGAAAACAAAGUGAAAAGUUUGAAGGUGUGUGUGUAUUGAUCCACUGCAGCAGCAUGUUGCCACCCGUGAAGAAGGACCGGGUCAUUACUCAGCUCCCAAUGUGUUUCAGUCCGAAUGCAGCGCUGCACGUCAAAGAUGGCUUCCACCCACAGGUGAAGGCUGCAUGCCAGCUACAGAAGACGGACACAGUGAGCUUUAAUCUUGCAAAGGUCAUCGUGGUGGGAGAUGUUGCAGUUGGGAAAACGUGUCUGAUCAGCAGGUUUCGUAAGGGUGCUUUUGAAAAGAACUACAAAGCAACCAUCGGAGUGGAUUUUGAGAUGGAGCGUUUCGAGGUGCUCGGCGUUCCGUACAGUUUACAACUGUGGGACACGGCCGGUCAGGAGCGCUUCAAAUGCAUCGCUUCAACGUAUUACAGAGGAGCACAAGCCAUCAUCGUGGUGUUUGACCUGAGCAGUGUGAGCUCGCUGGCUCAUGCCAGGCAGUGGCUGGAGGACGCCAUGAGGGAAAACGACCCGUCCAGUGUUUUGCUGUUCCUCGUCGGUACCAAGAAAGACCUCAGUUCUCCUGAUCAGUUGGUUCAGAUUGAGCGGGAAGCCGUGAGACUCUCUGAGGAAAUCAAAGCAGAGUAUUGGGCUGUUUCUGCCAAGUCAGGAGACGGUGUCAGGGAUUUCUUCUUCCGCGUGGCCUCUCUGACAUUUGAGGCAAACGUUUUGUCCGAGAUCGAGAAAAGUGGCACGAGGCACACCGGUGACAUCAUCAGGCUCACGGACAGCACCGAAGCUGAUUGCCAACCGACCAAGAGGAAGUCCAGCUGCUGCUGAUGAGAGAACGGCCGCUCGCACACAUUAUCCCGUCCACACAGCCGCCAAUAACCAGCGCGGUGAGGGGGGGGGGGGGAAUUGAAUUAAACUCAGCACGCUCAUUGUGGAUGUCAUGAAUCGACCCUGUCAGUAGCAGUGCAGUGUCUGCGUGAGCUGCAUUUGUGUUGUCGCGCUAACGGCCUUAGAGGAGGUUGUACGUAAUGAAUUACAAGUCCAGGCUGUAACCCACAAGAAGGCCUCUAUCUAAUGUUUUUGGACUGCUGGCUGGACAAAUAAAGCCCUGUGAGCCGGUUAUAUACUUCAUCAAGAAAGAACGAUAAUUCGGAGAUAUUUUAGGCCUGAGCUUUGAUAAACGCGGUCUGUGGCAACCUUUCUCUCACACAUUGGAGAACAAAUCAGCAACACACUUUAUACGCCGUUAUUUUGUUUUUCUUCCUCACUGCUCUUCCUCACGCGUCUGUGCUGCUGAUGAUGAGGAGGAGCAUGCGCCGGCUCCCAUGACCGCAGUAAUACCCACAACGCCUCCCUCUUCUCGGAGAUAACUGCUCCCAUGAUCUGGAGAAAGGAGGGAUUGUUCCCAAGGACUGAAACAAACAGGAAGUCACAUCUGGGACUAACAGUCCUCAUAAGUCUGCAUAUGUCCUCUUGCCACAUUUUUAUUACACCUCAUUAUGAAUUGUGAAUAAAUAGCUUUUGAUCACUGUAUUGUCCUGUUGAAUUCAAAAAGAA